UAGAAUAGCGAUCGAAACAAUGACUGAAGAAUCGUAUUUAUUAGAAGAAAGAUCAGUCUUUAAACGAAACAAAUCCAGUAAUGUUGUGAAUCUUAAUACCUGCGACCCUUGUUCUUUUCAACAAAAGAAACGAUUGGCUGUAUUUUACUGCAUUGAUUGCGAAGAGUCGUUAUGUGCAAACUGCUCAAACUAUCAUAAAUUUAUGAAGCAAACCCGUAAUCAUAACAAUAUCAGUAUGAAUAAGAUUCCACAAAAUUUCAGUUUGCCUCUUACAUGUACGUAUACAGAUCAUGAAACAAUGAAACAUGAAUACUACUGCGUUAACCAUGAAUGCCUUUGCUGCGUGCGAUGUAUCACGUCAGGUCAUGCAGGAAAAGGUUGUAAUGUGGAACAAAUUGAUGAUGCGUCAAAAGGCUUUACAAAAACACAGGUAUUCCACGACUAUAACUACCAGUUGAAUAGAUACAUAGAUUUGCUUGUAGGAUUAAGCGCAUACCAGUAUCACAUGAUCGAUCAAAUGACAAAUACUGAAGCUAUUACCUCUGCAAAGUCGCUUGGUGACAAUAAAGACAACUACAAAGUAAAUGAAGUUGAUAUUCAGCCAAUAACGAAUUUAGAUGACAUCAAAUUGAGACUCAAUGCUUACGCUACAGAAACUUGCUAUAUACUUUAUUCAGCUGGAGAACAAAAAGGGUUAUUCGACUUCAUGAAAGAUAAUGGUUCUGAUAGACAACUUUUUAUAUUGACACACUCUCUGAGGCAAAAACUAAUUGAAAUUGAUAAGCGAGUGUCGGAAUUGGUUGGAAAUACGAAAAAUGCAAUAAGCUAUGAUAAACGAUCACCAGAUGUCCAUACUGCAACGUUUAUUCCAAUAGAAAGAGAAUUAACAAACAUUUCAUUUCAUCGAUGGAGACAAUCACAGACGGCUGUCAAAGAUCCAGCGUUAAAAUAUUGUUGAUAAUUUCAUAGUGUUCAUGGACUGGCAACACAAAAUAUGUUUUUGGAUGAAGAAAUGUUACAUUCAGAUUGGGAAUAGGUAUAAGGGGAUUGAGAUCUCACAAAACAUGUUUAACCCCGUCGCUUUUUCCAAUUUAGCAACAUCUAUACUUUGUUAUUCUUGUAUUUCUUAUUUUGAUUUUAAUUCAUCUAUAUUGUGACGGGUACCAUUUAUCAAUUGUACUUAUAAUAACUACUUUUCUUAAAACUUAAAAUGUGUAUAAUUGUAUGCUGUUCAAUUCUAAAUUUCACUCUACUUAUUCAGAGACAAAAAAAGAUAGAAUCAGUGCAUUCCUUUUUCAGGAUUAUUUUUAUAAUUUUUAUUCCGAUUCAAAUAACUACCAACUGGCAGAAUAUGUUAUAAUGCAGUCAUUUUUAUUAUAGAAUUGUAUCUACUCUUUACUAUGGGGAAUGUUGGAAUUAAAUCUGUUAUUUAUAGUUAUGAGACGAUCCCCGUAUUUAUUUACUUUCAUUGAACCGAGUGUUGUUUUUACUCGUAUGUACAUUUUUUGAUUGUGUCAUGUGAACUUACUUAUCUGUACAGUUUCCUCAAGUCAUUUCGGUAUAGGGAAUUACAAGUUUUAUGUCAUAACAUUUUGUUAAACUUGAUAACUUGUCGAAAUUCGUUGACAGACAAGCACCUGGUUUCCUUUCAGCGCCAUCUUUAGUUAACGGUACUGAAGCGUUUUCAUUGGUCAAACGAUUACGGAAGGUCACGAGUAUUUUUAGCUUAUUGGAAAGAAUUUUAAUUAUUAUAUUUUAUUUACAGAACGAACAUUUUAGCAAAUAUAAAGUCGCUGAGAAUGAUUUUUGUAUAUCUAUUUAAUAAAUAUAAACAUUUCAUAACGGCCGAAGUGAGAAAUGCCGCAAAUGAUUUCCAUUGGUUUACUGUUCAAUCUUGCAGUUGCGCGGUAGAAAAUCGCACAGAAACUGCACGGAAAAUGCACAAAACUUGCACAAUUUUUAAGUACAAGUAUAAAAGAGAAAAACGCGUGUCUGACGUCAUUCUGGCUAAGACGUUGAUAAAAUAAUAAGGAGAUAUUCUUUUUGAAAGUAAGAAUAAUAGAUUUGAAUUACAAUACAUAAACCAUAGAAUUUACGUAUACAUGUUUUCUGAUGAGAAAUUUCGUACGUCAAUGAUACCUUUUGCCGAAUCACUGUCUGACGUUUUCAUGUAAACAUAAUGGAAUAAUUUUGACAAAACUUAUAUAGAAUUUUCAUGUCACUGAUAAAGGGUGAUUCAGUAAAUUUAAGUCUGUUGCACUAGUUAAGGGUUCUUAUAGGGUUUUCAGACAAUGAGAUAAACAUGGAAAUACACAUUACUAGUGAAGGAAACUAGUACAAAUCUUCCAUAUUUUUGGUUAAAAGACCAAAACAGUUAGCCAAUCACUUUGUAUAAUAAUACAAGACAUCAUUUUUGUAAUCAAAUAUCUAUGCAUGUAUAGUCAGUCAAAACUUUAAAGGAACAUUGUUAGUAAAAUAGAUAAUUGUACUACUUGCCAUAUUUUGUCAUUUUCUUCUGGUCACUUUUGAGACAAUCGUUUUUAGUCAAAGGAUACUAAAACAAUGUCUCAACAAAUAUUAUUGUAAUAAAAUUAUAGUUCUUGAUUUUAACUUCACUACAAUUCACUGUUAAGAAUAAAGGUCAAGGAAACAUAAGACUUACGUUUUUAGUAAAAGGAAGCUAAUACAAAGUCUUUACUAAACUCUAUCAUAAAUUUGAGACUUACGUUUUUAGUGAAAGGAAGCUAAUACAAAGUCUCUACUAAACUCUUGCCAUCAUUAAAAGCUUUCAAUAAGUCACAUAGUUGCCCAUAAGUAAACUUUGUAAUAACCAAGUUUGGAAAUCUAGACUAUAGUGUUAGCCUGUGGAAGCGAUUACACUGUUUAAGCAAAAUUCUAGUUUUUAUAAUUAUAAUAUUUAUUUUCAUGAAUUACGUCCCAGUAUAAUUAGCGUGAGGUCAGAUGUACUUUUAAUACAUAAAUACCCAUAAUUUUGUUCUGUGAGGUCAGAUAUACUUGGAUACAUGAGUACAUAUAAUAGUUUUGUCCAUAUCUGCUCUUAUUCUCAACAAACGAGAGAACAUCAUAGCAGUUAAUGUUACAGUAGUUAUACUCUUUAUGAGUAGUUUUAGUAUUUUUGAUCAACCUUUUUACAAGAUACCCUAGGCAAUAGUUGUCUGGAAAUUCAUUUAAAGGUGUACUUAUUAUUGAUAAAUUUGCAAGUUGCUUUUUUUAUUGGUCUUGAGCUUGACUAAAAUUGUGAUCUCAAAUAUAUGCCACUGUUAUGUUAUUGUUAUGCUAUAUAUAUAUACUUUUGUCAGAAAUAAAGUAUUUGCAACUUUAAAUAUGAAUUGUUUGCUGUCAGUAUCAAGAACCCCUUCUUUCAGUUCAUUGUAAGGGUGUUGCCAGAGGUUUUAGUUUAAUACGUCGGGAUUUUAUAUCCAAAGUUUUCGGUGUAUGUGUUUCUGCCCUUUUCGCCAAUUGACCCGCU